AAUAUUUAUCGUAAUGUUUGAUAAUUAAAGUGUAUAUGUUUUUAUUUAGUUAUUAUAAUUUAUUUUAUAGAUUUAAGUGAAGUCCUAGUACUUCUAACAUCAUGAUAAUUUCAAAUGUAAGUGGUUCUGUCCGGAACCAUGUUCGGAACCAGUUCAUAGCCCUGUCUUUAUCACGUGCCAGGUAUUCUUCUAAAGUUGAUUACAAACCAAUUAGAAGUGUUCUUGUGGCUAACCGAGGUCAGUGUAUUAAAAAUAUAAUCAUUAUUUGAAUGCAAUUUUUAUGAGUUUGAUUUUAUAUAAUCUUAGGUGAAAUUGCUAUACGUGUAUUCAGAGCAUGUACUGAAUUGGGUAUAAAAUCUGUUGCCAUAUAUUCUGAACAAGAUAAAAUGCACAUGCAUAGGUUGAAGGCUGAUGAAUCAUAUCUAGUUGGAAAAGGAAAAGCACCAGUGGAAGCAUACCUUGACAUACCUGAAAUAAUUAGAGUUGCAAAAGUAAAUUAUUAACUUGAUGAUUCCUGAAUACUCUGUAAACUAACUUGUGUGUUUGUAUAUAUAUAGGGUGUUUUUUUUUAUCAUGAACC